UGGACAUGUACAGCUGUACAUUGUAUGGGAGAGAGCAUUUGCUUCCCACACUCCGUAAUGGCAACGUGUGUUGUGUUGUUACUGACUGUUGUAGCAGGUGUUGUUGUCGCAGACGACAAUCAGCAGACCGUGACCGACGCUGCACUUGCCUACAGAAUAGAAGCAUUAGAGGACAUCGUCAGACAACAGGCAAAGGUCAUUGAUGAUCUUGCUUCUGGUCUGCAGCGAGCAUUGACGGGUUUGGAAGCAUGCUCUCCUUUGAAAAACACCUUUCCUCUAGUGGACACAGCUGACAAGAUAGAAGGUACAGGUCUGUUACAAGAACAGUUAACUGGAAAUUCCGCACUACAUGCAGUCUUUGUUCGGUCAGAUAUCAACGACCCUUUGGUACCCGUGGUGACUCAGUUGACAGAAAGGGUUAACGAAGUCAGUGCCAGUCUACAGGCUCUCAAAAACGAGGUGACUGAAGCUUCCACGUCUGUCUUCGUGCACUGGGGAAGCUCCACGUGUCCAGGCUCCUCUGUUCUCGUCUACUCCGGUGUCGUCGGAGGGUCCAACUACAAUGAAACCGGAGGAGCAGCCAACUACCUGUGCCUGCCCCUCUCUAACAUUACAUUGUUUGACUACACGAACUACCACACUGCACAUCUUUACGGUGGAGAGUACCAAACAGAAGACAUACAUGGAGAUAAAGAUCCUCUAUGUGCCGUGUGUCGAUCGUCACGUGCCACUAAUGUCAUGAUCCCGGCGACGUUUUACUGUCCCGAUGGCUGGACCUCGGAGUACAGUGGAUGGCUGAUGACAGGAUAUUACGAUCUGGAGUCUGCCUCCGAGUUCAUUUGUGUAAGCUUUGAAAAAGAAGAACGCCAAGGUAGUGGGGUAAAUAAUAAUGGAAAAUUGUUGUUCUACACGGCCACGGUGUGUGGGAGCCUCCCAUGUCCUCCUUACUUUGGCGGAAAGAGGGUCACGUGUGUCGUCUGCUCCAAGUAGUCAUCGAAAGAACGCAGUUACCUAUGUGCUACAAAUUUGCUACUGACAGCCAUCAACAACUUGCAGUUUGUGAAAUAAUUAUCUCAUCAGCGGACAAUAAAAAAAGAACUCCAUCAAUAUCUUAAUCGCUGAUAGUUUUGUGAUCGCUACCUCGUGUUGGUGAAUAUUAAAGGUGGAUGAGAAAGUC